AAAACUCUUUAUAUAAUUUAAAAUCUGAGUUCCGCGAAAGACUCAGAUCCUUUCUUUUGUUUAUCUCCGCCGGAUCUCGAGAUCGAUACACAAACCACCCGACGAUGUCCGCCGCCGACGGAAUAUUCCGCAGCAUCUUCGAAGGCUGCAUCUCCGGCCUCGAUUCCGCCAUCGAGAGGCGUCCUUACCACAAAAACUGCGACUGCGCGCUCCACGACGGCGCCAAGAAAAGUCAAAACCAGCGGCGGAAGCCUUGCCGCCGCCACGGAAGCUCGGAGAGCAUCUCGUUCCCGAUCCGCAGGUCGUGGAGCGAAGGCAACAUCCUGGCUAUGAGUUUCCCGGCGGCUUCUUCGUCUUCCUCUUCGAAUCUGCAGUCGCUCUCUUCGUCUUCUUCUCUCGCGACCCUCGCCGAUUUGCCGGCGGAGACGGCUGCGCCGGUUGAUCCGAGGAGAUCUCGUCAGCUGGGAUGGACGAUUGAUGAAGGUGAUGAUUGAUUGAUUGAUUGAUGACGAUCAGAUCAUUUUCCACUGUUGUUUGUUGUUAACUGCUAAUCUCCCAGAUUUUAAUUAAUUUUCGUCGUAAUAUGUUUUUAUAAAAACAUAAUCAAAACUUUUAAGAGA